UGUACAAUGUACACGCUUUAAAUUGAUCAUAGCAAAUUCCUAAUAAAGUAUUGAAUUUAAAUUGUUAUGCGUGAGCUGUUUCGCCAGCGACAAGUGCAGCGCCGUCUAUGAAUUAAUGGUUUGAAUAAUAAUGAAAGCGUAUUUAAAAUAACUUAGAGUAGGCGAAGUGUGAAGAGUUUGUUGUGGCUGGUGUGAGUGUUUUGAAAUUGUGUUGGAGAUGGCGGAAAACGGUGCGUUUGUGGCCAAGCCGGUCCGUGGUUGGAUCCACCCGGACUCCGUGCUAGCGAGCGACGGCAUAACAUAUGCGGUCAGGUACAUUGGGUGCAUGGAGGUGCUGACUUCUAUGAAAAAGCUGGAUUUUGAGACCAGAUCUCAAGUAGCAAAAGAAUGCAUAGCCCGAGUUUGUGCAGCAGCAGGCUUAAGAUCAGCAGACAAAAAGCGCCGAGUUGGCCAAGCUGCAGCACGAGCUUUAGCGGCAAAGCCCCGCAUGGCUCAUUCCGGAGCCAAUGUGGCCCUCACCAUCUCAUCCAAAGCCAUAAGUCUAGCAGCACUUGAAGGCCACGAGACAGUAGCCAGACAUGAGAUGCCAAGAGUGUCAUUUGCGUCUGGUGGUGACGCAGACUCUUUAGACUUUGUAGCAUAUGUAGCCAAAUCAGCACCACCUUCAGAAUGGAGAGCAUGCUAUGUGUUAGAAUGUGGUGGGAGACUAGCCCAGGAUGUCAUUGCUACCAUUGGACAAGCUUUUGAACUCCGCUUCAAGGAAUUUUUAACAAAACCUUCUUCCCUAAACCUAAACGGCUCCCGGCCGCUAGAGGACCGCGAGUACUACAACGACAUGCCGGACAAGAUGCCGCCGGAGCCGCCGUCCCACCGCCACCCGCCGCCGCCGCCGCUGCAACCCAUUCCGCCAAUAUCCUCGUGUGAAGAGAGCGUCCGGCACUACGUGAACCAGACGCCGCCGCCGCGCACGCCGCCGACGGCGCUGCUGCCCAACCAUCACACCGAUAUUUUUGACAUGCAACCGUUCACCGCGGCGCCCUCCCCGGCGCCCACCUCCGCGCCGGCGCCCCCCGGCGCGGCCUGCGCGGAGCCCGAGCCCCUCCCGGCCGCCGCGCAGGCCGCGCUGCUGGCGCGCGAGCCCUGGUUCCACGGGCCCAUCGCACGGAGCACUGCUGAAAAGCUGGUGACGGCGGACGGCGAGUUCCUAGUGCGGGAGUCGGCGGGCAGCGCGGGGCAGUUCGUGCUCACCGGCGCCCGGCGCGGCGCGCACAAGCAUCUGCUGCUCGUCGACCCCAACGGCGUGGUGCGAACAAAAGACCGCGUGUUCGAGAGCGUGCCGCACCUGAUCAAGUACCACUGCGCCAACGAGCUGCCCAUCGUGUCGGCCGACUCGGCGCUGCUGCUGCGCAAGCCGGUCGUCCGCGCCGACUCCUGAGGCCGCCGCACACCUGCACGCCCCGACCAGUCCGACCACCAGGUCAACGUGUGAAUUUACACCUCUAUUCACAAGAGCUCCCACGAAUGGAACGAAUGAGUGAAUGAUCAGUGUGUACGACAUAGGGAAUGCAAUAACCGGCCAAACUUCAUAACCGGUUUCGGUUACAGUUAUGCCCAAAAAUAAACCGAUAAUCGGUUACGGUUAUAACCGAUCGUGUAUACCGAUACAUGUGUCACUCGUACAAUGAAAAUAUCGUUCAUUCCAUUCGUGCCAGCUUAGUGCAACGACCUGUACCUACCACCCAACGGCCAACGAGGGGAAACUACAGAAUGUAACCGUGUGAAUAUUGAGAAUGAAAAGUCUGCAGUCGAGUUGAAAUCACCUUGAUGCUUACGUAAGGCGUAAUAAGUGUAAUAACAGAAUAUACUUAUAUAUAUAUUGAGACGCGUAAAGUAGUGCAGUUUUAAUUGAUAACAGAUGUAGAUGACGCCGUACGGCUCAAUACAUUAUGUAGUUAUCAUGUGAUAACGUUUGACAAUUCGGUUACCAAAAAACGUAUGCCGCCAUACUUCACGCAUCUCAUGCCCACUUGCACCAUUCCACUAACCCGGG